AUGGCAACAAGAAUAAUUCUACUGUUUAUUUUAGUUGCCAAUCUUGUAACUGUGCCAAUAUUAUCCUUCCCAUUAUCUCGAACAUUUUCUGGUCAAAAAUAUCCAUAUUCAUAUAUUCAGUAUAGACGCACUGAAAAUCAUCAAUAUCGACCAUCAUUGAUCAGUUUUUUACAUAAACAACCACAUGGUUCUCAAUUAGCAACCAUACGUUAUUAUCGUAUGGUUUUCCAUUGUAAUAUUUUACCUGGAUCACUUUAUCUCCGAUUUUCAAAUUUAAAACCUUAUCGUACUGUUGUUCAAAAUCGACAAGAUCCUUCAACAAUAUUCGUUUUUCGAUCAGUGGGUGCUUAUAGUCGUGUUCAAAUUCAAAAUCAUAUAUCUGGCCGAUGGUUAUGUAUGAAUAAAGAUGGAAGAAUAAUAGUAAAGUUGAAUGUUACAAUAAAUAAUCUUGCAUGUAUAUUUCGUCAAAAUUCUGAUGGACCAUAUAUGACACUUAUUUCUGAACUUAAUCCAUCACGUCAAAUGACUUUUAAUACUCUUCAUCUUUUAUUAAUGAAUCCUAUACUUCGUCAUCGUUAUGCACAAUAUAUGACUGGUGGAAAUCAAAUUUUUCAACGAGAACAAUGUAGUCGAUUUAUGUUCGAUAGUCAAAUUGAUAUAACUUCAUUCAAUCGAACAACGGAUCCAUUUUUUCGAUUAAGACAUUAA